AAUAUAGCCUAACAUUAAAAAAAACGUCAAAGAAAACUGCUUAUGGAGCACAGGUGAAAUCCUGGCAGAUUACAACACCAAUCUUCACAUACCUAACAUAUGCACUUUGAGCAUUCCGCAAAAAACUAGUAUUACAAAUAAUGCUUAGAAAAUAAGUAAGGUUCGACAUUUCGACUUCAAAUAUGCAGAGGAUGGUGUAUAAUAAUGGCCAAAAUGUCUUCUUCGCGAAAACCUUAAAAACUAGCAUGUCCAUGAAAUCAAAAUCACUCACACAAGCAGCAGAUGCUGCAGCAUUUGAAUUACAAGAUGGUGAUGAAGUGAAUGACAUUGAUAUGAGCUCAAUGCACAAGGAAAUGCGAUUGAAGGACGAGGUAAGUUCCACAAUCAUCUCUGUCAAUUUUGAUGCCUGUGCCUCUCACUUGAAGGUGUGCGCUAAUGAAAAAGCAACAAGAAAAGGCAAACAAGUUCACGCCCACAUGUUAAAAUGCGGGGUUGAAAUUAAUCAUAAUGUGUUCUUAGCUGCUAAUCUUGUGAACAUGUAUGCCAAUUCUGGUAGUGUUUUGGAUGCUCGCAAAGUAUUUGACGGAAUGUCCAACCCAAGUACUUUCGCAAGGAAUGCCAUAAUUAGAGGACUGGUCACUCAUGGAAACUGUGAGGAAGGCCUUAUUUUUUAUUAUCAGACGGAGGCACGUGGUUUGCUGCCUGAUAAAUUCACCUUUCCCUUUGUUAUUAAGGCUUGUUCGUCCUUGCAAGCUCUUAGGCACGGCAAGGAGAUUCAUAAUCGUAUAAUUAAGGUAGGGUUGGACGUGGAUUUAUUUGUGGGCAGUGCUCUUGUGGACAUGUAUUCGAAAUGCGGGAUUAUGACUUCUGCACGCCAACUAUUUGACAAAAUGCCUCAAAGAGACGUGGUCUUAUGGACUGCAUUGGUUGCUGGUUAUGCUCAGAAUGGGAGCUGUGACGAGGCUAUGAUGUUGUUCUGUCAAAUGGAAGAUAAAAACUUAAAACCUAAUACCAUCACUUGGAAUGCAAUAAUUGCUGGCUAUGCCCAACACGGACCUUAUGGCGAGGUCUUGAAUCAAUUGCGUCAGAUGCAACUGGCAGGUAUGACUCCAGAUAUGGUUACGGUUGUUAGUGUGCUGCCUGCGUGUGCCCACUUAGCAGCUCUACAGAAAGGUAGAGAGAUCCAUGACUAUAUUAUUAGAAGGGGAUUCGAGGCUGAUGUUUUUGUUAUGAGUGCUCUUAUAGACAUGUAUGCUAAGUGUGGAAUUAUUAAGAUUGCCCGGCAUCUGUUUGACAAGAUGGAAAGAAGAGAUGUGGUCUCAUGGAAUGCAAUGAUUGUUGCUUAUGGGAUGCAUGGGCAUUGUGAAGAUGCUCUCUUGCUCUUCAAUCAGAUGCAGCAACAACAAAUCAAGCCAACCCAUGUAACCUUUGUUAGCGUUCUUUCUGCUUGCAGCCAUGCUGGCUUAGUAGAUGAAGGUUUUAAAUGGUUCAAUUGCAUGAUCCGAGAUUAUAACAUUACACCUGGAUUGGAACACUAUGCUUGCAUGGUUGACCUUCUUGGUCGUGCAGGCCGUCUUGAUGAAGCUCAUGAAUUUAUCAAAAACAUGCCAAUUGAGCCUGGCAUUGAUUUGUGGGGAGCAUUGCUUGGUGCCAGCAGAAUUCAUGGCAAUGUAGAAUUGGGAGAAAGUGCAGCAGAACAUAUUUUUCAAUUAGAUUCUGAUGAUGCAGGAUAUUAUGUUAUGCUUUCAAACAUUUAUGCUGAAGCUGGUAGGUGGGAUGGUGUGGCAAAGGUCAGAUUACUCCUCAAAGGGCGAAGAUUGAAAAAGAGACCAGGUUGCAGUUGGAUUGAAGUCAACAACAGAGUUCAGGAAUUUUGUUUGUUGACAAGAAUGAGAAGGAAGCUAUUCAUGGUCACGGUGAGAGACUUUGCAUUGCUUUUGGGUUUACAAGAAGAUGCCUUGGAAUGCUCUCUGGAUCAUCAAAAACUUUUGUUUCUGUGAUGAUCGCCAUCAUGCUAAGCAGUACAUCUCCAAAAUUGUUAAGAGAAAUAGUUGUGAGGCAAUGCCUACAGUUACUGCCUGUAUUGUUGCACUGGAUGGCGGACACACUAGAGCAGAUUGACAUGGGAAUAUUUCCCAUUUCACAGAUGGAACACUAGGGAGCAGAGGCUAGAUUUUUAAUUUGCUUAUCACAGCCAACUGGACAGAGAAAUCAAAACUGAAGAAAACAAACCAAUAUUUCUGGUUGGUGCUGAUCGCCUGUCUUCCCACAUGCUCCUGCAUCAGAUUCUGUCUCUUUGUUUAGGCCAGUACAAAUCACCAUUAUCUAUUCAAAUUCAUGCAGACAGGACAACUGCCAGGACAAAGAAGUGUUUCUAUUAACGACAUAGCAGUUAUCUACCAUAAGGAAAAACAUUGCGAUGUUUGUGUAUGGUUCCAUGUACUGAUGAAUCUGAUGGAAGGUAUCUUAACCUUAUGAAGCGAAUUGGCCCAGGUACCUUAUGAUGAAAAAUAGUUCAGCUUCUGUGUUGAAUUGCUCACAUAGCAGGUUGAGCCCUACACCGUCGUUGUAUUUUGCAAGUCCAAAUUUAGUAUAUUAAUGAUUUUAAAAGAAUGAAAACAAAACCACAUGCAAAUGGGAAUAUACCAAUAUAUGGUUUAGAUGUGUGCAUGAAAUUUUGUAAUAUCACAAUUAAAAGCUACAAUUUUUGGUAAUGGUUAUCAUCUAGCAUCUUGGAUUA